CCGAAGUGAUGAUUUUGUUCGCGCACAGAACAUAUUUCUCCAGGUCAUCGUCGUCAUCUGCGCAUACUUUAGGGUCCAGGUAGGAAAAUAACGACGACGACCACCCACCCACCCCAAGAGAUGGGCCUCUUGCUUGAAAUUAGGCCUAUAUAAGCUCAGUGAGCCACUCCUAGUGUUCAGUAUUGCAUUGUCUUCGAUAGCCAGAAUAGCCAUGAAGGUGACAUUACUAUGUUUAUUCUUGGUGGUGCUCGCCAAUAUUGUCCUCUCAGCCGAGACAAGUGAAAACCUCGAGUCUGCUAUAUCUCGACCCAAGCGAAGUCCGUUCUUUUUCGGAGGUCUUCGGAACUUUUUUCGUCGGCAAC